AUGAGUACUUGAGCUACUACGUUCGGUUUGUUGACCUUGUUGACGGAAGUUACUUUACGGUACUGUAGUAGUAACAGGAAGGUGUCGUUCGUUGCUAGGUAACGCCUAAUGCUUCACGACAGUCGAGUUAGCGGGAAAUUUGUAUCAACGGGGGAAAGAGCAAGAACAUUGCCACAUGUCAUGUAAGCUCGUCGGUCUCCCCCUCGUAGGGCACCUCCACAUGGAUGCUGCAGGGCUCGCUGCUGCCCAUCCAGCCAAUGGGCGUGCGGUUGAAGGAAGGUCGGAGGUUGAGGUCAUUCUCGUACACCAUCAGGGGCUCGGCCAUCAAUUGGAUUUUCACACUGUCUGGCAGCUGGAAUUUCAUGAACUGGCUGGCCUUUUCAUAUCCGCCAUAGGGCAUAGCACUCCUAGCAAUACAAGAUUAUUUAGUUAAAAAAAUACUUGCUUCAUUAUCUGCAAAUAAUUGCUUUGAGGCUGUUCCUGUAGAUGAAAAACAGGCAAAGUCAAAGGAUGGAACCCUGAGCACCUCCCGCUCCUCCUGCGGCUCCACCCUUGCUUCCAGGCUUUUGGGAGAGGCCUCCAUAUCGAAACAUUCCGUAAUGCAGCUGCCCAACGUCCUUGCUAAGCAAAUACCCGCCCAGGUUUAUCGUCUGACUCCCCAUGUGACCGCCCAGCGAGGGAACGAACCCCUGCAGGCACUCACAUUGGAGUCACCGAUGAAGAUGUCGGGGUUGUUCUCGUAGAUGAACUUCUCCACACGCUGCUGCCUCAUCUUGAACAUCUUGGAGCCUUUGUUCUUGAGCAGCGAGAGCUCCUCCAACAUGAUGUCCCUCGGCACCCCGAUCUUUCUUCCCAAGUCGAACUCGGAUAUAUUUGGCACGAUCUCGUAAUCUAGUUGCCCGAAGUUUCCAGCCAAAGUGUGAGGCGUCCAAAAGCCCAUGGAAUGUGUUAAGGUACUGCAAAGGUGUGUCUCUCUGACGCACAAUCAAACGCAUACUCACGACUCUUUGCCCCUCUAUGCAUUAUAACCUACACCUACCACAGUGUCUGGCUCCAAUUUACCCUUGUGUGAUACUACUUUUGGGUUCGGAUUCCCAAAAAUGGACUGAUAGGACUUUUGGGAAAGGUUUAAAGAAAACGACCGAUCUGCAGACUGAGUAGAGCAGUUACUGAAGAUGAGGAGCAAUAACUUAUUUGCAUUAGUCCUGAUUAUUUGGGAGAUCUGGCUCCAAGGCUUCGGCUGUAGCGGGGAACCAGAGCCCGGCACAGGAAAGUCGCCAGGGCUCAAAGCUCCCCAUGUCAUCUUCGUCAUGGUGGAUGACCAAGGUUAUGGUGACAUCGGCUACCAUGGCUCAGAUAUUCACACUCCUGCACUGGAUCAGCUGGCAGCGGAAGGGGUGAAACUUGAAAAUUAUUACGUCCAACCAAUCUGCUCACCCUCUCGUAGCCAACUCAUGACAGGACGCUACCAAAUUCACACUGGGCUCCAGCAUUCAAUCAUCCGGCCACGUCAACCUCUUUGCCUUCCGCCAGACAUCCCCACCCUACCCGAGAGUCUGACCAAGGCAGGCUACGCCACUCAUAUGGUAGGCAAAUGGCACCUGGGCUUCUGCAGGCCCGGAUGCUUACCCACGGGACGAGGCUUCCAAAGCUUCCUCGGUACGCUCACCGGCAGCGGGGAUCACUUUUCCUACCAGAGCUGUGACGGGGCGGAAGCUUGCGGAUUUGAUCUGCAUGAAGGAGACAGGCCUGCAUGGGAGCUGGCUGGCAAUUACUCAACUUCACUUUACAUUGACAGAGUGAAGCAGAUUCUGAGGAGCCACGACCCUCAGAUACCCCUUUUCCUCUAUUUAUCCCUUCAGGCUGCACACACACCUUUGCAGGUACCGGACCACUUCCUGCACCCAUACAGUUCUCAGGGUAAUCGUGUCAGGCGUCACUAUGCAGCCAUGUUGAGCUGUUUGGAUGAUGGGGUCAGGCAAGUGGUUCAAGAGCUGAAAUCUAGCGGACUCUAUAAUAACUCAAUUCUAAUCUAUUCCUCUGAUAAUGGCGGGCAGCCACUGUCCGGGGGCAGCAACUGGCCACUAAGAGGCGGCAAAGGGACUUACUGGGAAGGUGGCAUCCGAGCAGUGGGCUUUGUCCACAGUCCCAUCCUGAAGAGGAAGGGUGUCAUUAGCAAAGCUCUGAUCCACGUCUCUGACUGGUAUCCCACUUUACUGGCGCUGUCUGGGACCGGGCAAUCCCUCCAUGGUCUGGAUGGCCAUGAUGUGUGGGGUACCAUUAGCGAGGGUUUACCAUCUCCUCGCACUGAAAUCCUUUUUAACAUCGACCCAGUCUCCAGAAAGCCCGGGGAGCCCUAUGACAAGGCUUUGGUGCUUAACGGCUUUGGAAUCUGGGACACAGCAGUGAGGGCAGCCAUUCGUGCUGGCGAUUGGAAGCUUUUGACCGGAAACGUGGGUGAUGGCGACUGGACUCCACCACAAGCCUUCGCAGACGGUCCAGAGAGGUGGCAGAAACUGGAAAAGAGGCGUAACAAGGUGGGGAAGUCGGUUUGGCUGUUUAACAUCUCAUCUGACCCUUACGAGAGGUCAGAUAUGGCCAAAGCUCGUCCUGAGAUAGUCAAGCAUCUUCUCACCAGGCUGGCAGAGUACAACCAGACUGCUGUGAUGGCAAACAAUCCCCCCGACGACCCAUUGGCAGACCCUGAGCUGCACGGUGGCGUAUGGGGCCCCUGGAUGGGCCUUGAAGGCCAAGAGCAUUAUGACGGGGACGGGGGUCUCAGGAAAGAAAGGGUGACAAAAGUAAAGCAGUGCAAGUUAUGCAAAUUGAGAGCCCUCUUUAAAAAGGUGGAGUCACGUCUGCAGAAGAAUGCUGUAUUCUUCUGAGUGCUGUGGCGAGGAUUGUGAUAGGAUGAAGAAACACACGUUUUAAAUUACCCCGUCAUUUGAGGGGAGCUUAAGGGGUCUAUACCAACCGCCUUAUUUGAUUAAUUGACCGAAACAGUGGAAUGUUCGGAGCAUACCAGAGAUCAAGGUUAGCAGAUAAACAAGGAACUCAUUUAUUAUUUUGUAGUCAAGAAAGAUGACAGAAUGCUUCCAAGAUGACUUCUCAUCGACUUGUCAUCUAUUCCCCCCCAUUCCCUCCAGCCCUCUCAGGAUGACAGAAAGACACCCCCAGGUGUAGCUUUUGUCACCCUAUUUUCCUUAGUCGUACAUUUGAUCACAUCACAGCUGUCUGAGCUAUAACCACCAUGCAAGGUCCACUCUUUGUACCAGUGACAAGCCGACAACCUCUGAGCCGCUUCGAUAUUCCUCAUGGCGUCAUCAGCGAUCCCAUACAUGACACUGUACCAGCAGAACCACGAGAUACCUUCCCGAGUGUAGCUUGAUAAUGAAUAUUCAGCUGUCCUCAUUUGCUUUUUCAUUCCCCCUCUGGUCAACUCCCCCACACUCCCCCAUCACCCUCCCCCAGCAAACCUCUCCCUUGUGUUUCACUUUUUCUUUUUUUUCUUCUCUGCUCCUACUCACUUCGGGUUCUGUACAAAGCGCCAUGAUGCACAGUUUGAUAAUAGAAGAGAGAAGUGAUACGUUCAUCUGUAUAGGUAUACUGUACAUGAUUGCAAUAAAGUAACUUUGAAUACCCCUCACAUGUAUUUAUG